UCUGACUAGUUCUGUCGCAUCGGUUCUGCUCAGUAUCUGGUUAUAUUAGCGGCUGAGGCUCUGACUCAUUGCUAAGCAAAACAUACAGUUAGCAUGUUUGCGCUGUUGUGGUUGUUAUAGAGAACUCUCCUACUCUUCACAGUUUCACCCAGUCAGUCCAUGGAUGAUCAGCAUGAGUCCAUCGAUCUCAGGUCUCCUCCAGUGGACCCAUCAGCAGCUGCAGUACACAGCUGGUUCCCUGGACCCCCUCCACCCAUGUAUUCCUGCACCCUGACCCCUGAGCUGGUGGCCAAGGCACGGGAGGAGCUCCAGGAGAAACCAGAGUGGCGUCUCCGGGAUGUCCAAGCACUGAGAGACAUGAUACUGAAGGAACAGCCCAAUCUCAGGACCAGGCUGGACGACGCCUUUCUCCUGCGCUUCCUGCGGGCCAGGAAGUUUGACUAUGACCGUGCCCUGCAGCUGCUGCUCAAUUACCACGCAGGCCGUAAGGCUUGGCCAGAGGUGUUCCAGGACCUGAAGCCGUCCACGGUGAAACACGUCCUGGACCUGGGUUUUCUCACGGUCCUGCCACAGCCGGACCCCAACGGAAGAUACAUCCUCUGUCUUCGGCCAGGAAAAUGGAAACCAAAUGAUUAUCCAUUUGUUGACAACGUGAGGGCCAUUUAUCUGACUCUGGAGAAGCUGAUCCAGCCGGAGGAAACGCAGGUGAAUGGUAUUGUCAUCUUAGCUGACUACACCGGAGUGGGCAUGUCACAGGCAUCCAAUCCAGGCCCGUUCCUUGCCAAAAAAGUUGUGAGCAUCCUCCAGGAUGGGUUUCCAAUAAGAAUCAAGGCUGUUAACAUAAUUAAUGAGCCCAGGAUUUUCAAAGGCAUCUUUGCUAUAAUUAAACCUUUUCUGAAGGAGAAGAUGGCAGAGAGGUACAUCCUCCACGGCUCAGACCUGCGUUCUUUGCACCGGAACAUCCCGCAGUCGGUUCUGCCGGAGGAGUACGGCGGCACCGCAGGCCAACUUGACAUGUGUGUGUGGUCGAGACUGCUGCUGGACUGUGAAGAGGAAUUUAUUGUGGAGUUCUGCCAGCCGGAUCCACUAGAGGGUGUGGUGCUCCCAGACUCCAUGCUGUUUGAAGGAGAGCAGGCCAGCGGGCAGGACGAUGACACCUUCAGGGGGCUGCGCUCUCAACUUUACUACUGUUACUGAUGCAGAUAGUAGAUGCAUACACUCCCAUCACUGAGAGGACAUUUUCUGUUUCAUUUGAAACAUGUGUGUAGACUUUUACAGGGCAAGUUGCCAAUAUUAUACAUGAUUUAUUUUAUUAACUAAGCAGCACUACUAUAGGUGGAUAGUCUUUUCUAGUUUACACGUAGCCCAGCAUUUAACCAUGGUUCCAAGGCAGCUGCAGGCUCAGGCAAAGAGGCUUUUGACAUGAGAAGAUGCAUGUUGAGCCAUUACAGGUGGCAUUAGUAAUUUGGUGGUAUUUAAAGGUUAGGUUCACAUUUUUUUAAAUAGUUAGGUGCACAUAUGUACAUUGAAACAGGUUUUGCUUGAUGUAAUCAUUCCUCCUGUCCACACUGGCCAUUAAAAGAUGCCUUCAUAAUGUGCUUCCAAUGUGAGAGAUGGGGGACAAAAUCCACAGUCCUUGUUUUGUAUUUAGUGAAGCUAAAAUGAUGCUUCAGCAGAACCAGUUGGACAAAUCAAGUGGGUAUCUCCUAAAGUUACUUUUUAGUACGAAAUUCCCUCUUUGUGUUACUUGCCCUCCACUGCAGCUCAGGCACAGAAACACUGUCCGGGGAAACACAAAGAGAGAAUUCUGUACUAAAAACACUGUAACUUUUGAAGUUACCCACUCUGUUUGGCUAACUGAGACUGCUGAAGCCUCGUAUUAGCUUCAGCUGAACAUUGAAAUACAUUUUUGCCUGGAACGAGGACUGUGGAUUUUGUCCCCCUUCUCUUCCAUUAGAAGCACAUUAGGAAGGGAUCUUUUAACAGCCAGUAUGAACAGGAGGAAUGAUUACAGCAAGCAAAAAGUGUUUCAAUGUACAUAUGGGUAUGUCAGUAUUGUUUAAAGACAGACAUAGAAAAAUGUAAACCCAUCCUUGUAAUAUUUUUCCACUGCGGAAAAAAUCUAAAAACAGCUUCUCAAACUCACAUUUCUUCAGUUUAUUUAGUAUCUGCAUACCGGCAGUCAUUUAUAUUUAUACUGACCAUAAGUGCUCUGUCUGCAUGGUUACAUCGCCCCACAACUCAACAAAAAAAAUGGAGACAGUUUUUGUGUAUGUAGCCGUCUAAUACAUUGCCUUAAACUGUUAUUAAUCAGUAGAUUUUCCCAUGUAUCAUGAAUCACGCUGAUUUGUGUGUACCAAAGCAAUAUUCAUGUGUAUUCUUAUAAGGGCAUGUCUUACAUAAGAGCGACUAAACUUCAUUGUUAGUUAGUGGAAAUAGAUGGCUGCUGUGGCUGAGAGAAAGAAAAAUGUAAUAGAUUAACCUGUAAAUGUUUUUGUUGAAUAUCUAACUCGUACACAGUAUUUCAGGACCUUUGUUUAGUUGACGCUUUAAUUUUCUCUAUCUUGAAUCUUCUGAGAGGAUUAUUUUUCUAAGUUCAGAUAAUCUGCCUUAUGGUUUUUAAAAAAAACAACUUUUUUUGACCUGUUUGCCUGUGUUUCAUCACUCAGUCUUAACACAGGGCCAUUACUGAUCACAGGAGUCACAUGGGGAAGAGAACAUUCAAUCCUGACUUUAUAGACAUCUGGUUUGCCAAAUUUUACACCAGGCCAUGUACAGAAAUGUGCAAUAAUGUUGCGGUAGCCCGAAGCUAACUUGAAUAAUUUUUGUCAGUCUUUUAUAUUUUUAUUUUAAGCAUGUCUGUGACUAUAAGCUGUAUUGUGUUGCAGGAUAUUUAUCGUUGGUAGUGAAGACAGUGAAGUAAAACUCAAAUGGAGAAAGUG